AUGGCUGGUCCUGUCUUGCAAGGAUACGCCAAGAGAGGGCAUACCCGGCUCUACGUCGUAUCUGCAUCUGAACCCGCAACGACCUCUAACGGGCAUAUUGAGCCUGUCUUCGAAGACCUGCAAGAGAUACCAUCCGACGAGGAAGAAGCGAUGGAUUCUGAGGACGGCUUCGAGAUCAACGAGGCAUUCUUGGCUGGCUCUGUGUUACACCCCAUGCCCAGCAAUGGGACCCCUCCUGGCGAGCCUGAUACACUGGAUAACUCUCCUGAUGCUACUCUAGAUAGGACCCGUAUAACAUCUGCCGAGUAUGCUCGUGCUGCAGAACCACUCACCUCACCUCGGUCGCCCGAAGAGGAUGAUUGUAGAGUCUACAUUUCGACGUCCGAACUUGGUCGCGUUGGAGUGCUUAGUGGUGAUUGGGCUGUCAUCCGUGCGUGCAAUGGAUCCUCAUCUCGACUCGUUCGUGUAUGUGCCGAAGACAGCGAGACGGAAUCAGGCGGACCCGUCCGUCUAUCGCCCCAGCUCUUGCACAACAUCACUUCGGGGACUCCCUCGACGGCUCGCGGAGUAUGCCUUCGUCCUAGCCCGUUCGGCUCACAAAAGCCAUCUAUCCCGACAGCUCGCUCCGUCACAAUCGCGCGCGUCGCGUCCCCGAUAUCUACUGAUCGUGCAUACCAGCCUCUCUUCCUGCGAGCGUUACAAGACUACUUCAAGGACACGACGCGUCUCGUCAAGCAGGGCGACAUCAUCACCGUCAAGAUCAACACCGACGAAGUCCUUUGGCAGACGGAUGCAGAUCCGAAGGACGAUGCAGGCAGCGGGGAGGGCGAGCCGUCGUUCGAGUUCAUGAACGCCGCUGACGCUGCAGACGAGCUGGUGUACUUCACCGUGACGAACAUCGAACAUCACGUUGUGUCGAGCAACGGCGACGCGUCCAUGUCGGCGUCGGACGUGUAUCUGGGCUCGGCCGUUGGCGAGCUUGGGUGCUGGGUCGACCCGUCUGUCACUCGCAUGAUCCAGACCGGUGUCGAGCAUGCAAGGGUCCCCGAUAUGGCUCGCUACCUGAACAUAAAAGGAUCCGUGCCCUUCCCGCCGAUGAAGGCCGACGUGUCCACUCUUGUCGGUCCUGAUAGCGCAUACGGCAAGCUGCUCGCACUGACGGCGGCAGCGCUGAAGCCGCACGCGGUAGAGUAUCAACUGCAGUUAUCGGUGUUGCUGAAAGGCCCGAAGGGCUCGGGGAAAUUCACGACGGCCAGCUGGGUGGCACAACAUCUAGGCAUUCAUCUUUUCGAGGUGAACUGUUACGAUGUUCUGGGGGAGAACGAUGCCAAGACGGAGGGAACGCUCCGGGCGCGGUUCGAGCGAGCAGAGUCCUGCUCCCCCUGCAUCCUCCUUCUGAGGAACAUCGACGCGUUCGCGCAAACGACGCAAGGGCUUGAGCCAGGGAAGGAGCCUACUAGCAUUGCCAACGCACUGCAAGAGUGCAUAGCGAGCCUGCAGCAGGGUUGGAAUCUCACAGGAUAUCCAGUCCUUGUCGUUGGCACGACCGGUGACGCUGACAAGGUCCCCUCGAGGGUUCUAUCUUCCUUUAAACACGAGAUCACCAUUGAGACACCUGGCGAAACAGAACGCCAUGAGAUCCUUAACGCACUGCUUCAGGGUCAUAUCGUAGCUCCUGACGUGUCCGUCAAGGAAAUAGCCGUGCAAACCGCAGCACUCGUCGCAGCUGACCUUGUGAACCUCGUCUUUCGCACUCAGACAGCAGCUGCUGAGCGUGCUGCUACUGAAUCUUCGGCAUCUGGCAUCGACCUCUUCUAUGCAGGGAUACCGCUCACUGCAGCGGACUUCGAGGUCGCGCUGAAGGAAACGCGAGCAGCGUACUCGGAGAACAUCGGUGCCCCUAAGAUACCUUCCGUAUCGUGGGACGACGUCGGAGGUCUUGCGCAUGUCAAGGCGGAUAUCCUGGACACCAUCCAAUUACCUUUGGAGCGUCCAGAGCUCUUCGCCGACGGGCUCAAGAAACGAUCCGGUAUCCUGUUAUACGGACCGCCUGGCACGGGCAAGACGCUCCUCGCAAAAGCUGUCGCGACCUCCUGCGCGCUCAACUUCUUCUCCGUCAAAGGCCCAGAACUGCUCAACAUGUACAUCGGCGAGUCCGAGGCCAAUGUCCGCAGGGUGUUCCAGCGCGCACGCGAUGCACGCCCGUGUGUCAUCUUUUUUGACGAGCUGGACUCGGUGGCUCCCAAGCGAGGGAACCACGGUGAUUCUGGCGGAGUGAUGGACCGAAUUGUCAGUCAGAUAUUGGCUGAACUGGACGGUCUGUCCGGCGGAAAGGCUGGGGCGGACGUGUUCGUCAUUGGUGCAACGAACCGACCUGACUUGCUAGAUCCUGCUUUGCUACGACCUGGCAGAUUCGACCGGAUGCUCUAUCUCGGCGUGAGCACUACACAUGCAGCGCAGCUCAACAUUCUCCAGGCCCUCACCCGGAAGUUCCGGCUCCAUCCCGACUUGAGAUUGGAAGACAUCGCAGAACAAUGCCCCUUCCACUACACCGGCGCCGACUUCUACGCCCUGUGUGCGGAUGCCUUGCUCAAAGCGAUGUCAAGAAAGGCCGAGGAACUUGAGGCAACCAUUGCUGAACUGAACAAUCAACCGCCGGAUCCGCGACAUCCAUACCCUCUCACUCCGCAAUAUUACCUUGCAGAAUUGGCAAAGCCCGCAGAGAUGGAAGUCCUCGUCAUGCAAAAGGACUUCGAAGCUGCACUGAGGGAACUCAUUCCUAGUGUAAGCCACGCUGAAAUGGAGCAUUACGCUCGCGUGCAGCAGCGAUUUUCAAAGGAAACAAUCAACGCAGCAUCGUGA